AAUGACAUCCCUCGCUCACCAGCUGAAGCGCCUUGCACUCCCUCAGAAUGAUCCUAGUCUCUUGUCUCGAAAAGAAGCAGCAUCACUGUUGUUUGAUUGCAGGGAAGCUGCCAAUAUUGACCGGGAGACCUUUUUUGCCAUAGGGUGCACUGGCCUGGAAGAGCUGACUGGCAUUGAUCCGUCCUUUGAGGUGUUUCAGACAACGCUUUUCAGUCAGAUGUCAAAAGGUUUGGAGCGCAGUGUCCAAACUAAGGCAGUAAACCGGCAGCUGGAUGAAAAUAUUUCAUUGUUCCUAAUUCAUGUGUCGCCUUACUUUAUGCUUAAACCAGCACAGAAGUGCCUUGAGUGGCUGAUUCACAGGUUUCAUAUCCAUCUCUACAACCAGGACAGUUUGGUUGGCUGCGUGUUGCCCUACCAUGAGACUAAAUUGUUUGUACGAGUUAUUCAACUUCUGAAAAUUAGUGACCCCACUCACAGGUGGCAUUGGUUGCAUCCAAUUCAGAAACCAGGAGUCCCUCUGGCAAAGGGAACUUUGAUUACGCACUGCUACAAAGAUCUGGGCUUCAUGGAUUUCUUAUGCAGUCUAGUCACACAGUCUGUAAAGGCUUUUUCUCUGUACCCUGGGAGUUUAUCACAGAUGAGAGUCCUGUUCACCUUCUACGCCUCCACCAUUGUGUCUGCUCUUGGGGCUGCAGAAACUAUAACGGACACUAUAGUCUCCAAAUUGCUUCCUUACAUCCAAAAGGGUUUGAAAUCCUCAUUGGCAGAUUAUAGAGCUGCAACCUACAUGAUAGUUGGCCAGUUGGCAGCAAAGAUGACAAUGGAAAUGUCUUUAGUGCACGCCUUGGCUCUCCAGAUCAGCAAGUCUUUGACCAAAUCUUCCUCCCUUAUCAAAGAGGGGCUCAGCUGUUUGAUUGUCCUCCUACAGAGUCAAAAGGAAGAAGGCCUUGGGAAAAAGCCGUUUACCCAUCUGUGUAAUAUUCCAGACUUGGUUACUACCCUUCAUGAAAUUUCAGCCGCUUAUGAUGUCAGUCCAAUUUUGCGUUACAUGUUACCACACCUAGUUCACACGGUUAUUUAUGGAAAGAGAGAAAUGCAAGAAGAAUCCAACUUAGUAGAAAAUCAAAUCUCCAUCAAGCAUCUAGAAGCUAUAAUUACAAAUAUACUUCUAGAAAAAGAUUUGGAUCAUUUAUUGGCCUGUACAUUUCUGAAGCACUAUGUCUCCUAUGGUGUAGUGAGUGACUCUGAUCCUGCUGCAAUGGCAGAGAUUAACACAGAACUGCUUCCUCUCAUCAGGCUUUUUGAAAGAAAGUAUCCUAAAACACUAGAUUUAGUUCUGGAGGAGCAUUUGAAAGUAAUUAGAAAUCAGAAAGAGCAAGAUCUCUUCCACCAGUUUAUUUCCCUUUCAAUGAGUGGUGGUAAAUAUCAGUUCCUGGAGGAUUCUGAUACAUCUCUGCUACUUAGCCUCAAUCAUCCCCAGUCAGCAGUCAGAGUUCUUGCUGUUCAGCAUUUGAAAGAAAUCAUUGAAACAUCGAAGGUUGGCUUUGAUGACGCCUUCAUAGAAGAAGCAAUUUUGAUGCGCCUUAAGGAUGAUAAUCUAGAGGUGGUUAUAUCUACUCUCAGUACAUUAGAGACUCGGUUGGCUACUCUCAAGACAAUGGAUGAACACAUUGCUUUCAGUCUGUUGAAUGUCUUUGAGAGAGCUGACCUCUCCAAGGAUGAAAAAUGGUACAAGAUCCUGGUAGCAGCAAUGCGUCUGUUAACCAAAGAAAAGAUUCUUACAGAGAAUGAAGAUCUCUUAAAUCGAUUCGUCCUGCAGUUAUUACCGUUUGUCGUCAUCACCACCAAUAAUUCAAAAUCUGCCGAAUGGAAAGUGGCAGCUUGUGUAGCAGAGUCUGGUCUUUGCUCCCUGCAUCCUUUGUUGAAAGGGUGGCCUGAAGCUUUCAAAAAAGGGACCAAAGCAACUAAAUCAGAAUCCUUGGUACGCGCAUCCAAUGAAAAACUGAUUCAGCUUUUGUCGGAGAACUUAACUUCAGAAGAUCCUUCCUCAGUGUUACAGAUGGUGGAGGGUCUCCUCAGUAUCGCCGAAAAGGAUUCCCACACACCAAAGCAGAAGAUAACCGCUCACAUCAUUAGCUCUGCCCUUGUCCGGUCCUGCUGCAGCAGCUCGCAAGUGGAGGAGUGCCGCUUGCCACUGGCGUUGAAAGUCUUUCAUCUUUUGAACGGAAAAGUGAGGAAACUUGAAGGCCAAUGUGACGUAGAGGCAUUUCUCGGUACAUUCUCCAUUGAAACGACCUCUGAGAGUGAAAUGCUUUUGGAGACAUUAACUGCAUACAUUGAAAAGCUGAACUCUGGAAAAGACACGGAUGUGGAACACACUGUCCUGCUCAUCAUUUUGCUGCGAGUCUUUAUUGAAGGCCUGCAGCCUCCAGAUUCCUUUGUGAAAGAUGAGGUAUGGUGGAAUCCUGAAACUCUAAGUGACAAGAGCAAAGACUACCUACACCUGCUGUUAGGGCUCUUUGAUGUUCUAGUCCUCAGAGCCAGUGAAGGAAUCUAUGCCAAUCAUUUUCGCACCAUGACAAGACUUCUGUUUGAGGUACACUUGAAAGAGCCAGAGGAUCAGUUCAGAUUUCUUUCGGUCUUAUGGACUUACAAUUAUAAUCUAUCCAACCAACUCAACUUUGGGAUGGAUGCUGUGCUACAGACUCGGGCUUUAUAUAUAGGGUGUGUGAUACUUACAUCGCAAACGGCACAAAGGAAAAGGCUGCUGGCAUCGGCAACUUCUCCAGUAAUUAUAUCGCUGCUGAUUAAUUUGGCAAGUCCUGUGAGCGAAGUCCGAAGAGCUGCUCUUAGCUGCCUUCAUUGCAUUAGUGGAAUAAAGGAAUCAGCAUUUCAUCCCAUUCUGCAUUAUUUAGUGCAGAAAGCAGAAGAGAUCAUAUCUGACCAAACUUAUGUGAUCCAGGGUCUAAGUGGUUUGUUUGGGGAAUUGCAUACCCAACAUAAACACAAGACGCAGCAGCAGAAGCUGUCAGAAGCAGUGGAAGCAUUACUGGAAUGUGUACAAGGCAUCAGAUGUCCAUCAUACGUUGCAAGAAAUGUGAUGAGAAUUCUUGAAGAUGUCAAUGGCGAGCUGGUGCUUUCCCACUUGCUGCCUGCACUAGAUCGUCUCCUGGAAAAAGCUCUUAGCAGACCAGAUGGGUUGCUAAAAGACGAGGCUCUCCUUCUGCAUUUUAUUCUCGGGAAGUAUAAUGAGCACUCAGCUGCACUUUUAUGCACAAAUCAACAGUGUCUAGAUUUGUUCAUCAGAUGUCUACACGUCUCCCAGGAAAUCUACAAAGGGCUUCCUGCUUUCCAGACUAGAGCACUUGGGCAGAUCACGAAACCGUUCUUUGCUGCUGUGCCAGAUGGGAAGGUUCAGCAAAAGAUACUGGGAGUCAUGUUUGAUUUACUGCUCACCUGCAAAAAUCCACUUUGUGCACAGACCGUUAGCAGCAUUUUUAAAGGGAUUUCAAUUGAUGCUGAGCAGGUUAGCCUGGAACUGGAACCUCUGCCAAAAGUGAAGAAUGUGGCUACUGUUCACCAAACUAGAAGGCAAAAAAUGCAGCAGCAGAGAAAAAUGCAAGAUCAAGAGUGCGUACCAGAAGAGAGCAGCGUCAACUGGCAGAGAGUCACACUUAUCCUGGAGUUGCUGCAACACAAGAAAAAGCUCAGACAGCCUCAGGCCUUGAUCCCUGUCCUUUUCAGCUUGCUAACCAGGUGCCUGGAACCCUCUUCGGAACAGGAAAACCUGGAAUACAUAAAGCAGCUAAUACUCGGCUGUCUAUUAAACAUUUGCCAGAAGCUUUCCCCAGAUGGCAGCAGGAUAGGAGCAGGUAUUCUCGAUGAAGAAAAAUUCAACGUGGAGCUGAUAGUUCAGUGCAUCAGGGUUUCAGAGAUGCCUCAGACUCACCACCAUGCUUUGCUCUUGCUGGGCGCUGCUGCUGGAAUGUUUCCGGGCAAAGUGCUACACAAUAUCAUGCCCAUUUUUACAUUCAUGGGAGCAAAUGUCAUGCGUCUGGAUGAUGCCUACAGUUUCCAAGUGAUCAGUAAGACUGUGAAGAUGGUCAUUCCUGCUCUCAUACAGGCUGAGGAGGACGGCGGCUCCCUGGAAAUGAUGGGAAACGUGGAAGGGGUGGCUGUUAAAAUAAUUCGUGUGUUUGUGGAUGCUUUGCCACACGUGCCUGAGCAUCGACGCCUCCCAAUCCUAGAGCAGCUGAUCAGCACUUUGGGAGGAGAGCGAUUCCUCUGGAGUCUUCUGGUGCUGCUAUUUGAACAGCAUGUGACAAAAUCGGUGGCGUCCGUAGCCAAUGGAGAGAAGGAUGCUCUGUUGGAGGCCGAUACUGAAUUCUGGAUUUCUGUGUGCUGUGAGUUCAGUGUAAAAGAACAGCUGCAGACUCUAAUGAAAAUACUGCACUAUUUAACAAGGUUGCCAGAGAACAAAGAAGAUGAUCCACAACAAAAGAAAUCAAGAUUACGCAGCACAAAAUCACAGAGCCAAGAAACUGAGCUCUUUAAUGUGGAAUCUCACUCUGGUAAACAGCUGAGGCAUUUCAAAUUCCUGUCAGUCUCUUUCAUGGCACAGCUUCUGGCUUCACAUAGUUUUGUGAAAAAGGUAGUGGAAUGUGAACAUGCCGAAGAGUUACAGGAGUUUGAGCAGAGAUUGUUAGAAGAAGUUCUUUGCUACAUCAAUGUCGUGGCCCGCUCGGUGGAAGAAAAUGCUGAUGCCCUAACGGCCAAGUUUUGGAGGGCUCUUCUCAGCAAGUCCUAUGAUGUGCUGGAUAAAGUUAACGCUUUAUUGCCCACGGAAGUCUUUAUCCCUGUCAUCAGGGGCCUGAUGCUCAACCAGCUACCUUCUGUGAGGCGUAAAGCGAUGGAUCUGCUGAACAAUAAGUUGCAACAGCGCACACAUUGGCAGAAAGAACAAGUUGAGCUGCUGCUAAAACUGGUGCCUGAGCUCAUCGCUGUCGUCCAGCGUAACACCAGGGAGGCCGAGGAGGAGCAGGCGAUCAACAGGCAGACGGCUCUGUUCAGUCUGAAGCUGCUGUGCAAGUGUUUUGGCACCGACAACCACGUUUCCUUUGUGCCCGUUCUCACCACUGCCAUUGAUGUGAUUUCUUCCGAUGUGAAGGAAGAAAGAAAUGUCGUAGGAAGUGCUUUGCUGUGUGCGGCUGAAGUGACCUGCGUGAUAAAAGCACUGGCAAUACCUCAGCUCCCAAGGCUGAUGCCAGCAUUACUAAAGGUGCUGAAACACAAAGAUGAAUUGGUUCCUGGCGAAAUCUACUUGCUUAGUGCAGUGACAGCUCUGCUGAAGAUUGUGGAAACGCUGCCCGGCUUCCUGAGUCCAUAUCUGCUGGACACUUUGCAGCAGGUAAUCCGUUUGAAAGGAAUUGCAAUCGAAAUGGGUCCUUCAUCCCACCUGAAUAUACGUGUGACGUCUCUGAUCAUCACUCUAGCAACUAAACUCCCACCAAGAGUUCUUCUGCCGGCAGUUAUGAAGUGUUAUGAUGAAAUUUCAAGUGCUUGGAAGAUCUACCUAGGUACACUUAUGGACAUUCUAAAGGAGCAUAUUGUAGUUCUGGAAAAAGAUCAGCUCAAUGCCCAUCAGUCUGAGCUAACAGCAUUUUUUAUGAAGGCCCUGGACUUCAGAGCUGAGCAUUCUCAGGAUGAUGUGGAGGACGUUGGGAAGAUAGAAUUUCAUAUUAUUACUUGUUUAAUUAGCAUGAUUAUGAAGCUUUCUGAAAUAUCUUUCAGGCCCCUUUUCUUCAAGCUCUUUGAUUGGGCCAAAACUGAGGAUGCCUCAAAGGAUAGGCUGUUGACUUUCUGCCGAUUGGCAGAUGGCAUUGCUGACCAGCUUAAAGGCCUGUUCGCUCUCUUUGCUGGCCAUUUAGUGAAGCCUUUUGCUGACACUCUGAACCAGAUCAAUACCUCCAAAACAGAUGAAGCUUUCUUUGACUCAGAAGAAAACACAGCGAAGAGCUGCUUAUUGCUACAGUUCAUCCUUGGUUGCUUAUACAAAAUCUUCCUUUUUGAUUCCUAUCAUUUCGUGAGCAAAGAGAGGGCAGAAAGUUUGAUGAUGCCUUUAGUUGACCAGCUGGAAAACAUGACUGGAGGAGAAGAGAAGUUCCAAGAACGAGCAACAGGGCAUCUGAUCCCGUGUAUAGCUCAAUUUGCUGUUGCAAUGGCAGACGAUUCUCUGUGGAAGCCACUAAACUAUCAGAUUUUGCUGAAGAUGAGGCAUACGUCACCAAAGGUUCGAUUUGCUGCCUUACUGGCUUUGCAGGAGCUUGCAGAAAAAAUAAGAGAGAAUUAUAUGGUACUACUACCAGAGUCUAUUCCCUUCUUAGCUGAGCUUAUGGAAGAUGAGUGUGAAGAAGUUGAGCAUCAGUGCCAGAAGACCAUUCAACAGCUUGAAGUUAUUCUUGGAGAAUCGCUGCAGAGCUACUUCUGACACCAUCGUUGGUUCCAUGAUUCAGACACCAUGAACU